AUGCCCCGUGAAGGAAGCCACGACGGUCCCUCCUCUAAAGUGAUGAAGAACCUCACUGACACAUCGCGAGCAGCGUCGACAGAGCAUUCCAACCAUGGCAUGAGCGAAUUCCCCGAGGAAGCACUCGCCUCUCUCUCAUCACGAGGGCGUAUGAGAAUCGCUGACCGGGGCCUCACUCCGACAGAGAUACUUAAGUCCCCGAGGUUCGUCGAGGCUUGCUAUAGGCUAGGCCUGAGACCAUCUGAAGUCGAUAUCUGGCAUACCCAGGAUUACAGCAAGACUCCUCAACCAGAGUUCCCAAGCUAUACGACACUUGAUGAAACAGAUCUUCCCCUAGAUUGGCGUAUAUCCUGUCUAGCUGAAGCAUUGAACGAGUACGACACCAUUAUGGUCAAGUCGAGCUACGCCAAUACCCAGUCCUUCGACGAGUGGAUGCAAGGCAAGAACCUGUCGACAACGGGAGGUUCUCAACGAGGCCGAUCUCUUGACCGCACUCUGCGAUCGAUCACAACGCCUGAUGACUUUGCCACCACUGCUAUGGCACGAAUGCGGUCUCAUAUGGCACGUCUCGAGAAACAGAAGGCUUCCUUCAUGGACAACGAAGCACGGAGAGAGAGGGCAAGAUCGAGGAGUGCCCAACGGAAGAAGGAGCGAGAUGAGCUCAUAUAUCAGCGUAUGAUGGAAAUGCUCGACAAGGAGCGUCGCCAACAGAUGUGCUUCCGAUCCAACUUACGACAGUCCAGAAUUAUCAUCAGGUAUCGACAGCGUAUGGAGCAGCUAGCCGAGGCCACAAAGCGUAUGCGGGACGCCAAGCGUGGGGACAGGUUCAAGCGGAAUAAGGAUAUGCAGGAGCACAAUCGUGACCAGCUGCUGCAAGUCCGCAAGGAUCGUGAGAUGAGACUGUCAGAGGCACUCGCCGCCAGGGCGGAGUCUCGUCGAGCCAAGAGGGCUGCGUUACUCAGCGCAGAACGCUCACGGUUAGCUCGACUACGAGAAAAGGUGAAGGAUGAUGAGCGCAGGAAGAUGGCUUUGACUGAGGAGAUGCGUGCUAAAGACACGCGUAGCAAGGAUCAGCUACACCGUAACAAGAUGGAGUUCGAGGCUUUCGUCCAGGAAACACAUCGAAAACGAGCGAUCAGUGAGCAUCUGGUAGAACGAAGACGGAGACGUGAACAGUACCUCAAGGACGCUGAAGCUGAUCGACAGGUCCUCGAGGCCGCCUGUGACAUCGAAAUGGAACGAAUGACUCUGGCAAUGAAAAGGCAGCGAGUCGAGUACGACCGUCGGAAGUUCCAGACCAACUUCGAAGCUGCCAAGAAGGACAAACGUCCAAAGUCGGCAGCCUCUUUGACUAGCCUGUUGCCUUCUAUCAACCACCACUCGGUGCUGCCUCGGUCCCCUCAGUGGAGCCUGGCCCCACGCUUGUCGACCCCUCGGGGUUACGACUCUGGUCUAGGGCCCGGCUCCUACGACAUACCGUCCACUCUUGGGGCCGAUCAGAUCGGCCCUCGAUGGGCGCCCGACUCUGUUGAUCGUUCGGAGCUGGCCGAACGCCCGGUGCGGUACGAGCCUCCACCACCGAGCUCCCCGCCGAGAUCACCUAGUAUGAGCCCCAUACUGAGACCGGUGCGGGGGAACGAUGGGCCCGGGCCAGGACAUCGGCAUGAGCCUGUAUCCGUUCAUAGGCUACCCAGGCCUCGAGAUCCCAAAGCCAUUGCAGAGUAA